CCACAUGUAGACGCUGUAACGCCGUCCUUCGAUAAGGGUAUCCUAAAAACAUUGGCACGCUAUUCAUUGCGCGAUGGUUUCACGGCGGCUCGUCACUUUUCAACGUUUCAUGUGAAAAAUUUUCCAGUCUCGAGAAGCGUCGGUCGUGAAGAAUGUUUUAGCUGACUGCGGCGUUGUGUGCCUCGCACUGUCGAAAAUUUCAGACGGCUGGAUUCGUUCGAAGUGUGUGGUUGGAUUUUCGAUUUCAUUCUUAGUCGAUUAAUUGUUCGUAGACGGGCUGCAUUAAUCCGCUCUAUAUUGCGUUUGAACCUUAAUCGAGCAUACUUUGCGCUUGAAAAUUGUCAGUUUUAAACUGCCGUGACUUUUCUGACCCGAGUUUCGCUUGAGUUUGAAUCGGGUGCCGGUAAACGAUCGCCAAGUUUUUAGCAGCGAUUUUUUACGGAGAGAAUCUUCCAUCCGAUUUUUUGGCGAUUAAAUGGCCCAACCGUGGCAGGCCCCCGGUGCGCAGGGCCUGUACGACCCGUCUCAAGAGCGUGAGGCAUGCGGCGUCGGUUUUGUUGUGGCCAUCGAUGGGCGUCGCGAUCAUAAAAUCGUCCGCGACGCCCAACGUCUCGCCAUUUCCAUGAACCAUCGUGGCGCGUGCGCCUGCGAUAACGAUACAGGUGAUGGUGCAGGAGUAUUGACUGCCAUACCACAUCAAUUUUACGCCGCGAAACUUAAGGAACAAGGCGUAGAACUACCACCAUAUGGUCAGUAUGCGACAGGUAUCUUUUUCCUGGAUAAGGCCAGCCAUGAAGAGAUGGAACAAAAAUUCUCUGCCCUGGCUACGGAACUGGAAUUGCCAGUGUUGGCUUGGCUUACCGUACCAACCGACAGUUCCACCAUAGGGGCGGUGGCCAGAAGGUCUGAACCGUUUAUGAGACAAGUUUUUGUUGUUCUGAAAGGAACGACUCCAGAGGAGUCUGAAGAGGAACAGCAAAGACGGGUAUUUGUUCUGCGUAAAAGGGCGAGUCACGAAAUUCGGGUGCCAGAUAAACGUUUCUACAUCUGUUCGCUCAGCAGAAGGACGAUCGUUUACAAAGGUCAGCUGACAUCCGAUCAGUUGUGGACUUAUUUCCCAGAUCUGAAGGAUCCGCUUUAUGAUACUUACCUGGCCCUGGUUCAUACCAGAUUCUCCACAAAUACUUUUCCGAGUUGGGAAAGGGCUCAUCCCCUGAGGAUGCUGGCCCAUAAUGGUGAGAUCAAUACCCUUCGUGGAAAUGUUAAUUGCAUGAAGGGCAGAGAAGGUGUGAUGAAAAGCGAUAUAUACGGAGAUAAGCUCAAAUCUCUGUACCCAGUAGUAGAACCUAAUUUAUCCGACAGCGGAUCGGCAGAUUGCGUAUUGGAAUUUCUGGUACACGCCGGUCAAAGGAAGUUGCCAGAGGCCGUCAUGACAAUGGUGCCAGAGGCGUGGCAAAACGAUCCGACGAUGACCGAAGAAAAAAAGAACUACUACCAUUGGGCGUCUUGUACCAUGGAGCCGUGGGACGGACCCGCGUUGAUAUCUUUUACCGACGGUAGAUACAUCGGCGCCAUUUUGGAUAGAAAUGGGUUGAGACCGUCCAGAUUUUAUUUAACAAAAGACAAUAUGAUGAUCAUGGCCAGCGAGGUCGGCGUCUAUGAUGUUGAUCCGGCCAAUGUGUUGCACAAGAGCCGCUUAAAACCCGGACGAAUGUUACUCGUUGAUACCGUUGGCAAAGCUGUAAUCGGAGAUAUUGAAUUGAAGAGCCAAAUAGCUCAGUCGAGGCCCCAUUCUGAAUGGUUAAAGGAGCAGAUUUCUAUGGAAGAAUUGAGGAAGGCUCAUUUAGAUGCCGGUCGUAUUGCCAAGCCCAAAUACGAGCCUAGCGGCUUGACUGAUAAAAGGCUUCCUCUUUACGGAUACUCUACCGAAACUGUGCAUUUGCUACUGCUGCCGAUGAUUAACAAUAAGAAGGAGGCUUUGGGCAGCAUGGGUAAUGACGCACCGUUGGCGUGUUUAUCCAAUUUCGCACCUAUCGUGUACGAGUACUUCAAGCAACUGUUCGCGCAAGUAACCAAUCCACCGAUCGAUCCUUUCCGUGAAAAGGUCGUGAUGUCCCUGCAAUGCCCUAUAGGUCCCGAGGCCAAUAUCCUGGAGCCUAGCGCCAAACAGGUGCACAGGCUGUGGCUUAAAAAUCCAGUAAUUUCGAUUGCCGAUUUGGAGAUGUUUAAACAAUUAUCUCACCGCAAUUGGUCUUCUCACGUUAUCGAUAUUACAUUCCCAGCUGAGGAAGGCGUGGUCGGGUUUAAGAAACGACUGCAGCAAAUUUGCGACGAGGCUGAAGAAGCUGCGAAAUCCAACCAAGUCGUUAUUCUAUCGGACAGACUAGCAAGCAAAGAGCGCGUACCGAUCAGCGGUCUUCUCGCUCUGGGUGCGACUCAUCAUCACUUAAUAGAAACUCGGCACAGAAUGAAAGUGGCUUUGAUCGUGGAAACGGCCGAAGCUCGAGAAGUCCACCACAUUUGCGUGCUUCUAGGGUAUGGCGCGGACGCCAUAUGCCCAUACUUAGCUUUAGAGUUGGCCUCGUCCCUUCGCGACCAAGGGGUGCUGGACACAAGUCUUAGCGACGACGCUAUAUUUCAGAACUAUGCGCAAGCAAUGCAGACCGGUAUUAGUAAGGUGAUGGCCAAAAUGGGUAUCUCCACCCUCCAAUCUUAUAAAGGAGCUCAAAUUUUCGAAGCGGUAGGCUUGGCCGCAGACGUUAUAGAUAAGUGUUUCAAAGGCACGCCGUCUAGAAUAGGCGGGGUUACUUUGGAUAUGUUGGCCGUUGAGGCUUUUGAAAGGCACCAGAAUGCCUUUCGGGUUGGCUGUGACAGUCUCAUUUUACGAGAUGCUGGAAAAUACCACUGGAGAGCUGGCGGCGAGAAACAUAUAAAUGAACCGGCCAGUAUUGCAGCUCUGCAGGAGUCGGCAAUAAACAAAGACAAAUCGGCUUAUGGGAAAUUCCGCGACGCGACCAUGCAGUCUGUCCGCGACUGCAUGCUUCGCGGUCGUUUUGAACUAAAAACAAUCGAAAAAUCUUUACCGCUGGACGAAAUAGAACCGGCCGCCGAAAUCGUGAAGCGCUUCGCAACUGGGGCGAUGAGUUUCGGCUCUAUAAGCCUGGAAGCGCACCAAACUUUGGCAGUGGCCAUGAACAAAGUAGGCGCCAAAAGUAAUACUGGGGAGGGGGGUGAGGAUCCCGAAAGGUAUUUGGAUAGUCAGAAGAGAUCGGCCAUUAAGCAAGUGGCUUCUGGUAGGUUCGGUGUAACUUCUUCGUAUUUGGCUCAUGCUGACGAUUUGCAGAUUAAAAUGGCACAAGGCGCCAAACCUGGCGAAGGUGGCGAAUUGCCUGGCUAUAAAGUUUCAGCGGAUAUAGCGAAAACCCGUCACUCCGUACCCGGAGUUGGUUUAAUUUCCCCGCCUCCUCAUCACGAUAUUUAUUCGAUAGAGGAUUUGGCAGAACUCAUAUACGACCUAAAAUGCGCGAAUCCCAAAGCUCGAAUAUCGGUGAAACUUGUCUCCGAAGUUGGGGUAGGCGUGGUCGCUUCCGGUGUCGCCAAAGGCAAAGCCGAACACAUCGUGGUAUCUGGCCAUGACGGUGGUACGGGUGCCAGUUCUUGGACCGGUAUUAAGAACGCCGGUUUGCCAUGGGAACUGGGCAUUGCCGAAACUCAUCAGGUUUUGGUCAUGAACAAUCUAAGAUCGAGAAUCGUGCUUCAAGCCGAUGGUCAAAUAAGAACCGGCUUUGAUGUUGUUGUGGCGGCUAUUUUGGGAGCCGACGAGAUUGGAUUCAGUACGGCACCAUUAAUCGUAAUGGGAUGUACCAUGAUGAGAAAGUGUCAUUUAAACACGUGCCCCGUUGGGGUAGCCACGCAAGAUCCGGUGCUUCGCAAAAAAUUCACCGGUCAACCGGAACACGUGAUCAAUUAUAUGUUUAUGCUCGCCGAAGAAAUUAGAGAAAUCAUGGCCAAGCUGGGUGUUCGAACAUAUCAGGAAUUGGUCGGACGAACAGACUUGCUUAGAGAAGUCGAUAAUGGCACGCCUAAGGCGAAAAUGCUCGAUCUCAGUCUCAUAUUGCAAAACGCUUUAGCGUUAAGACCGGGCGUUAAUAUCAAAGGCGGCUCUCUAACUCAAGAUUUCCAACUCGAGAAUCGCCUCGACAACCAGCUCAUUAGUAAAGCUCAGCCGGUCAUUGACGGAACUCAAAAUUCAGUUGAUAUUGAUAUGAAAAUUACGAAUGAGGACCGAGCCUUUUCAUCCACUUUAAGUUACCACAUCUCUUGCAAAUACAACGAGGAGGGGCUACCAGACGGUAGAUCCAUCAAUAUAAGACUUGUAGGGUCGGCUGGGCAAAGCUUUGGAGCUUUCCUGGCCAAAGGAGUCAAUAUCACCCUAGAGGGAGACGCCAACGAUUACGUUGGCAAAGGUCUUUCAGGUGGUACUAUUGUUAUCUAUCCUCCGAAAACUUCGACGUUUGAAUCACAUUUAAAUGUAAUUGUCGGAAAUGUCUGUCUAUAUGGUGCGACAACCGGAAGGGUUUAUGUCAGAGGCAUUGCCUCAGAGCGUUUCGGGGUACGAAAUUCCGGAGCCGUCGCUGUAGCGGAAGGUGUAGGUGAUCAUGGCUGUGAAUACAUGACUGGAGGGAUUGUUUUAAUCUUAGGUUUAACCGGUCGAAACUUUGCGGCGGGUAUGUCGGGUGGUAUCGCUUACGUUUGGGACAUAGACGGGAAGUUUUCAACCAAAUGCAACAUGGAAAUGGUGGAACUUUGUAAGCUCGAGGAUCGAGACGACGUUGCUCUAGUUAAGCAAUUGUUGAGAGAAUUUUUCGAUCUUACCGGCAGUAUAAUCGCCGAACAGCUUCUGAAAGAGUUCGACUCGAGGAUGAAAGAAUUCGUCAAAGUGUUUCCGUACGAAUACCAGAGGGCGCUCAAGCAGAUGGCCGCGGAACAUGUUGCGGUGGAAAAGGAGCAGCAACGAAGUCAUGAACCGAAAAUACAGGAUAUCGAAGACACGAUCAACGACGACGCGGCGGAAGAGAAGAAAGCGGAAAAAGCUUUGGACAAGUUGCGCGGUUUCAUGAAGUAUCCUCGCGAGAAAAACGUGUACCGGCCGGCGGAGAAACGGAUGAAGGACUGGGACGAAAUUUAUAAUUUCCCGCACGUCAGGAAAGGUUUGAGGACGCAAGCGGCCAGAUGUAUGGAUUGCGGCGUUCCCUUUUGCCAGUCCAACGUGCACGGAUGUCCAUUGGGAAACAUCAUUCCCAAGUGGAACCUGUUGGUGUUCCAAAACCACUGGCGCCAAGCACUAAACCAGCUGCUGCAAACAAAUAAUUUCCCCGAAUUCACGGGCAGGGUGUGUCCCGCCCCUUGCGAGGGCUCGUGCGUCCUCGGCAUCUCGGAACCCAGCGUAACCAUUAAAAACAUCGAAUGCGCCAUAAUCGAUCACGCUUUCGAAAACGGGUGGAUAGUCCCGCAAGUGCCACCGUCGCGCACCGGCAAAAAGGUGGUGGUGGUGGGUUCCGGUCCCGCGGGACUCGCGUGCGCCCAUCAACUCAACAAAGCUGGACACGCGGUGACGGUACUGGAAAGGAACGAUCGGAUCGGAGGGCUGUUGCAAUACGGCAUACCCACAAUGAAACUCAGCAAGGCGGUGGUCCAACGAAGGGUCGACUUAUUGGCGGCGGAGGGUAUAACCUUCAAUACGAACGUCAACGUCGGUAAAGACGUGUCCGCGAAAGACCUUAGCGACCAGUACGACGCUGUCGUCGUAUGUACCGGCGCCACCUGGCCCAGAGAUUUGCCGAUUCCGGGACGCCAACUGAACGGUAUCCAUUUCGCGAUGGAGUUCUUGGAGAUUUGGCAGAAGAAGCAAAUGGGCGCCAGUCACGCCGGUCCCCACGCCAAAGAUAAACACGUGGUCGUCAUUGGAGGCGGGGACACGGGCAACGACUGCAUCGGUACCGCGUUGAGGCAAGGGGCCGCCUCCAUCACUUCCUUCGAGAUUUUACCCGAGCCCGGCCCCCAGAGGGCGAGCGACAACCCCUGGCCGCAGUGGCCUCGAAUUAUGAGAGUCGAUUACGGACACGAAGAGGUCAAAGUGCGUUUCGGUAGUGACCCGCGCAUCUUCAGCAUCAUGAGCCAGGAGUUCAACGAUGACGGCAACGGUAACGUGAGCGGGAUAAAAACCAUCGACGUAGAGUGGACUAAAGACGCCGCCGGAAGGUGGCAGAUGAGCCAAAAAGCCGGCACCGAGCGAGUAUUCAAGGCCGAUUUGGUGUUACUGGCGAUGGGUUUCUUGGGGCACGAGAAGAAGGUUUCCGAACAAUUGGAACUAAAGUUAGAUGCCAGAUCGAAUAUCGAUACUACGAACUACAGAACGAAUGUACCAAAUGUGUUUGCGGCUGGAGAUUGUCGAAGGGGGCAGUCCUUGGUUGUGUGGGCAAUCUCCGAAGGUCGACAAGCCGCGCGAGCAGUCGACGAUUAUUUCCGCAAUGGCCGAACCACAUUGCCUGCUCCAGGCGGCAUUAUACAACCCACCCUUCCGGAGGUGCCGGUUCCCGUUUAAGCCUGAAUAUUUCGCUACCACAGCCGGCUUACAUUCGUCAAAUUAUUUAAUGUUACUAUCCCCAUGUUAAAAUAGAAUGAUGUGAGAACGUCUAUUUUAAAUUUUUCAUUUUUGCUCACGUCGACAAUGGGACUGACUGGAACGCACGUUUUUUAUACCAGCAGCGUUUUGCACGAUGGUUUUCGAGAUACAGAUUUUUGGCCCAAAAGUAAUAGCCAGAUAUUUAUAUAUUUUUAAAUUGAUUAUGACGUUAUUAUGUAUUAUAAAAAAAUAUUUUUAACUAGGGUCAAACUAUCAAGAUAUCUCAAGAAAAAUGCUUAUAUUGCUCCCAAAUUUAAAGUUUUGACUUAAAAACUUACCGAACUUGACCUACCUGAACAUUAACUUUGUCGAAAUAGGUUUCAUAAUUGAAGCACUCCCGCCAGUUGAACUAAACAGUUGAAACCAGCAUUCAAAAAACACGCCUGAAAUCAAUAAAAUAAAUAAAAUAAAAGCAAUUAAAGGCACCAUAUAUAAAAAGAAUCGGGUCCCCGGAAACUAUUGAUCGUAGUAUAUUUAAGGGCUGUGCUUACAAAAUUCUUUGAAUGGUGGUGGAUUUCUCCGAGAGUUGUUAUGUUUGAAAAUAAAUUUUAUUCAGACCGUUGUGCGUGAAUUUUAUUAGUGCAUGCCCGUUGAAAUAUUUUUCUCCAGCUAUUUGUGAAUUUUAAUUAAGACUUUUAUUGGAUUUCGUUUAAGUACAUAGAUAAAGUAAGUUACAAAAGACAAUAACUUGUUCAAUAUACAUACUGUUAAUGUGUAAGUAAGAAUUUGGCCAAAAGUAGCUAUUUAUCGAAACAUAUUCUAAAAUGCGGAUUUUCUUUCUUUUAGUCAAGAAAUUGGAUAGUAGACCUUCCGUUGGUUGCUUAGAAUAUGUGGUUAUCGCAUCGAACAGUAGUUUUGGUUAUGGCGGUUAUAUAUUUUAUUAUGUUUCGUCGCAGGUUGUGACGGGACAGGAACAUUUUUCGUAAUUCCAGAAUUUUCUUGAUUUAUUCAAAUAAACCUUUACAGUGCUAAUGGCGUCGUUCGUCUGGCCCCGAAAAGAUAUUUCAGUUAAAAUAACUUUUAUUGAGCCUAGAGGAAUGCUUAACUCCGGCCCAAGUGAAAAAGUAAUAAAAUGUUAUACCGGUCAGUAAAUACGGAUUGAUUUUCUUUACCAUUCAUGUUAGUUAGUUAGGGUGGUUAGUUCUAGUUUUGCAUUUUUAUUUCAUGAUAUUACAAUAUUAUUAUAUAAGAUUUAUUUUUUAAUAUUAUUCACGGGAUUAAGGGUGCCGCUAUUUUUAAACAUCGUAUCUGUUUCCCAGGGCCGAGAUAGACGACGCCUAUUGCGAAUUAUCGAUUACUAUUGAAAUACUGUGUCCAUUAUAUAGUGUUAAUCAUUGUUGUUUAAAUAGAAAUCUGUAGCAAGAGAGUCAAUAAAAUAAAUUGAUGUUA